CUGGGUGAUUAUUUACGUGUCCAAACUUCAACUCAUUCCGCAAAUCUUCCCAGAUUCUCGACUUCCAGCCCAUACUCAGCAGUGGUAAAUCGCAGCAAAAAUUGCAACAUCAUGGCCACGAGAUCAAAGAUUGGUGCAGCAGCGACGAGGGCAUCGACCCGAACAAAGACACCAGUUCCACCUCCGAGUCCUCCAGCAGGGAUAAAGACUAUUCGAGCAAGACUUCCAAGCAAAACUACUGCACAAACUGAGGUAUCAAAAACGCGAACAACUGGUCGAAAACCUCUUGCCAAUCGAGCUAAUUCGCCUGAUGCUAAGCUUCCUGCUGCCAAGAAGGUGGCUGGUACUAGGCAAGCACGGGCAGACCAUGGAAUGACUGCAGAGCGCGAACCUGUUAUGGCCUAUUUGCGCAUUCGUCCUCAUCUUGGGGAUGAUGAAUGCAUGUCUAUGCCUUACCUUGCCCCUUUAUCCGACACGUCUGUACAGAUGACUGACACCUCCCAUGAUGGUGCAGGUAGUUCCAGACCACACAUUCGUGUCUCAGCUGUCGCGCCUUCGUCAAUCUACAGAUUCUCGCAUGUUUUCCUACCAGAAACACAACAGGCAGAGUUCUUCGCAAAAACUACACUUCCCCUUGUACGUGAUCUCCUGGAUGGACAGAAUGGCUUGUUGUUUGCAUAUGGCGUUACAAAUUCUGGCAAGACAUAUACAAUCCAAGGAGGCAAUGGUCCUGAUUCUGCAGGUAUCCUGCCGCGGACACUGGACGUCAUUUUCAAUAGCGUCGAAGGACUGCACAGCGAUGGCCGGUUCAGGCCUGUUAGGCUGUACGGCGUAGAGGAAGCUGAUCCUUCUGAGUUCCUGCCUCCCACGGACAUUGACAUGCCAACUGAUGAGCCACAACUCGCAGAAGUCCUUGCAGAACACCUCUCAAACACGGAUGACAUCGAUAUCGAUCCAACCAUCGUUAAGCUCGACCGCAACUAUGAGUACUCUAUCUGGAUAUCUUACGCGGAAGUAUAUAAUGAAAAGGUAUACGACCUUCUUGCUGAAGUGACAGAGGAUACGUCGCGGUCACAGAUCCCUCGCUCCAACACUAGCGCACAAGUCGCCCAUCCGCUUCUGCUGACGCGUAAAGCCCUCGCCGUUAAACCUUCACCUGCCUCUGACGCUCUAGAUGAGAGUGGGCCUGGAAGCGCGGGGAAGUAUAUUGCAGGACUGAGAUAUUUUCGGGUAACUGGUGCUGCGCAAGCAAAGGCACUUGUCAAGCUAGGACAGCUGCACCGACGUGUCUUCGGCACGCUGGCUAACAGCCAAAGUAGCAGGAGCCAUGGUAUGGUGACUAUCAAGAUUCUAAGAGGACACCGGGGUGACCGGGAUGACCCAAGUUCUCUGCAAAUAUCGCGGUUGACCCUCGUGGAUCUAGCAGGAUCGGAGCGAACCAAGCACACGCAGACAACUGGCGACCGUCUCAAGGAAGCCGGAAGUAUCAACAAGUCUCUCAUGGUCCUUGGGCAAUGCAUGGAGGUCAUGCGUUCCAAUCAAAAGCGCCUCGCACAAAGCCUAGCAAAUCCUGGGCGGACGGAUAUUCGUGAUGUUAAGAGGGCGUUGGCUGUUGUGCCAUUUAGGCAUAGCAAACUCACGGAGGUAUUAAUGGAUUACUUUGUUGGCGAUGGUCGAGUCGUGAUGAUCGUCAACAUCAAUCCUUAUGAUACCGGCUUCGAAGAGAACUCUCACGUAAUGAAAUUCUCUGCGCUUGCGAGAGAAGUUUCGACGACCGUGAACAACGCACCUGUACCCCGCGUACAGACCAAUCCAAGCAAGCGGAGUACAGUUGGCUCAGCUCUGCCCAGGGCUGUGACCAGGAAGGUGACGAUAUCGAGUCUUCUCCCUAAUAAAAAGGUCAGCGAAGCACAUCUCGAGGUUCUCGAAGAGGAUGAGGUGAGGGAAGGUGGUGAGAGUGAGGAGGAAGAUGGUGAACCCAUCAAUCCGCUAGUGGAUGCCUUGUUUGAUGAAAUAGAGGACUUGCGCCUGCGGCUCUACGAGGCGGAGAUGCGUUGUGUAAUAGUCGAAGCAGAAACCCGCGAAGACGUUAUGAAGGAAAUGGAAGAAAUGAUGCGUGAAAUUGAGAAGACUUACAGCCAGAGGCUUAUGAGCGAGGUGGAGCGAAACGAGCGGAAAAUGGAUGCCAAGAUUGACAUGCUGCAUCAAGCUGGAUUAAUUGGAUCCCCUCAAAAGCGUCGAGAGAUAGUGGAGGAGGGCGAGGAGUCAGGUGAGAUUGAAGACGAGAAUGUAGAAAUUAUCGAAGAUAGCGAUGAGCCGGCUGACUCCGAAGCAAGCCGAUCUUCAUCACCUCUUGACGGCAAGGGGAAGACCAAAACACAAUUAAAGCUCACCUCCAACCGAAUGUUAGGCACCGAUCAAGAGGAGACCGAUGCAAGUGCUCAAAGCGAAAUCGAGCAAAUCACGGAAGAAGAAGAGAGUGUGGAGGACGAUCCAAUUAGUGAAGAUGACGAAUCUGGCGACUACGCCCCUCCAGCUAAGGCUAAGUCUAGGCCGUUUAAAGUAGUCGCCAAACCUCUAGCAAAGGGGAAAGCAGGAAUUCCAGCAGCCAAAACUAGUCGUCGAUCAACCCGCACUGUGUCUCUGUUGGAGAAGCACAUUAAGGAUCUUUCUCUCCUGGAGGACGACACAGGUGACGCUGACGACUCCGUCACGAUUCUACCCAAUCGAAAGGCACGGGCAGCUUACGGGGGUCCCGAUGUUGUAUUCGUACCAGGGCAAGGCGAUCUUGAUACUACAAAGAGAAAGAAGAGGUGAGGUCUGUGCCAUGAAUUCGACAACAGACUGACAACUCCUCGAAGGCAACUGGGUAAGAAGGCUGUAGUGACUGAGGAAGAACUAGAACAAGUAGUUGGUGCCGUGGAGAAAAACGCGCAAAAGGGUGGAGAAAGCAAGAACAUCAGGCGAAUGCGUAUAAGCUAAUGGUUAAUAAUCUACUUAUUUGUUUUCCCUUGAGAGCUUCGCAGACAACCGUGACCUGUACCAGUAGAAUGUAAUACUUAAUGCUGUGUUUUUCUAUCCUCGUACAAGUUGAUGAGUAUUUUAUAUUCGGCGUUACAGAACGAACGCAAAUUGAUGU